UACCUCACAGAGAGCCACAGCAGUCUAGCAGAGUCCCAACUAGGACUUAUCAGAAGUCGGUUUAGUCAGUUGAAUGAAACGGCUCGUGCGCAAGUGAAAAGCCCCGCAGUCUCCGGCGGAAAGAAGACAUAUCUUCAUGUUGAAUUGAUGGAGAAGGUGAAAGAGCUAAAGAUGUUGAAUCUGUUUGCUGCACAGCUGCUGUGUGAGCAGUUUCAUCACGACUCAACUCUUAAACCCUCUCCUUUGCAGGAGUGUGAGGUCUUAUUGGAACUCGCUGAAGUUCGACUCUCUAUUGGACCGCUCUCCUCUGCCCUUCAGUUGGCACAGGAUCUCCUCAAAAUGAGUCAGACACAUUGCCUAGGUAUGGAGUUCAAUAUUGAGCUUCUUUUAGGACAUGCCUUUCGAGCCACAGGAAAGUUUGGCGAGGCUUGUGAGCAUUAUAAGAAAGCUGAGUUUCGCACGAGCCUCUCUCCAUGUGAAGACAGCAAGAUCCUUGCUUUCAUCUACCAACAAAUCUGUACCUAUGAAAUGGGAAAGAACACAGAGGCUCUGUCCAAGUUGAGUCCGCUGGUCAGUAAUCCUUCGCUUAGCAAUUUCACCGAAGGCUUGCUGAAUGAGGCACUCGGCAGCAUCUAUCGCUCCAUAGCCAACUGGCACAGUGCUGUCCAGUUCUUCGAAGAGUCCAUUCGUUUGGCCGAUGAAGCAGGGGAUAAGGUGCGUGUGGCAGAGAGAAGAGCACUGCUUGGUAGAGUUUAUCGUUCGUCAGGCCAGUAUCAACGAGCUCUUGAACUCCAGGAGCAAUUUUACGAGUUUGCCUUGUCCCGAGGAGACAAAUCCUCCCUGGCUUCAGCUUGUGGGUUCAUUGGUUUCACAAACUACUCUUUAACUCAACCUGAUUAUGACAAGGCCGUCACUUUUCUCGCAACACGCCUGCAUCUUUCAACAGAGCUUGAAGACAGGCAGGGGUUCAGAUGGUGCCUCAAUAACAUUGGAAAGUGCUACUUGGACCUUAAACGCCCCGAAAUAUCUCUCGAGCUCUUUAGGGUCUCUGCUGAGAUUGCCAAGGAGUUGAAUAGCCUGUUAGGCGAGGGCACGGCUUACGGGAACAUGGGUACAGCAUUUCGGGCCUUGAAGAGACACAGAGAUGCCGUCACGUAUCAUUUACUCUAUGCAGAGAAUGCAGAGAAGCGACUAGACACUGGAGGAAUGGCCAUAAUGCAAAAUGAACUUGCUCUUGACUACCUGCUGGUCGGGGAUCUCGACAGUGCUCGGAAAUAUUGUCUUCUUGCUCUGAAAACCGGGCUAGAAAUUCGAGCCAGGCUUUCCCAGGAGGACGACGUCCUUAAGAUUUCCAACUUUGACAAAAACCAGGCUAAAGCGUACGCCAUGCUCCAGUGUAUUCUUGUAAGGCAAGGUCUUAUCGAGGCCAGUCUCCUUGUGUCUGAAAUGGGAAGGGCCCGAGCACUGGCCGACCUUGUAAAAAGGGGCUCCAAGGCAUCUUCUAGUUUCCUUGAGAAAAUUGACCAGAUUGUGGACGAGGAGGGAAACAUCUCGCCCGAGGCAGUGGCAGAGGCAAUGAGAGAGGUUGGCCUGCUCGUCAGGAGGCUAAAGUCUAAUCUUGUAGUUUAUUCACUAGUGGAAAGCCCUGCAGAUGAAAAGGUUAGAGAAACAAACCUUUAUACGUGGCUUGUGCAAUGCCGGAAUGACGACGACCGGGUUGAGGUUACCUUCAGAAGUGUUGUUCUUGGCGAAGUUGAGGCAGCGAAAAGUUCUUUCGUGCUUAACGAGAGUUACUACAGUAACCUCGUGAGAGAAGUCGGAGUAGAGGGAAGUAAUUUUGCCUCUCUUGAACAUCAGAGUCUCCAUGAGGUAUCUCUCACUGCGACAGAUAAAUCGUCAAAUGAUCGUAGUGGUCCAGAGUCAGAUGGAGCCACAAGAGAUAUUAAACGAAGGAAGAAAAAAGUAGCUGAUGCCAGGGAAGACAAGCUUACUCAACUCUACAACCUCCUGGUAUCACCAAUAGAAGCUCAUAUUGCUAGGGAGAGUGAAGUGGAUGUACCUCGAGUAACUUUAAUUCCUCAGGGCCACCUCUUCAACGUCCCAUUUCCAGCUUUGAAAGGCCCCAGAGGCUACAUGAUACAACAGUUUGUCAUCUCUCUCUCUCCCUCUAUGUACCUUCUUCAUCUCGCCUCGGGCAAGGGGGUAACCUCUCCUUUCGCUCAACCAGAUAGUAUUAAAGCUCUGAUCGUGGGAGACCCAAAGAUGCCACUGGAAUCUAUUUCCCAGCUGCCUGGGGCACAAACCGAGGCCGACACUAUUCACUCCAUCAUUGGAGGUAAGCUCCUCUGUGGUGCCAUUGCAAGCAAAGCCGCAGUCAUAGCCCAUCUUCCCUCCCACAAUGUAAUACACCUCGCAACGCACGCGAUUCUCGGGAACUCAGUUUCCGAGUUAGAUUCUUCUGAUGCACACAGAGACGGCGACUACUCGAUAAAGGGAGCCGUUGUACUGGCAAAAUCAGACGCAUCAUGUAGUGGAAUACUCACGUCAACUGAGAUUCAGAAGCUACCGCUUAGUAGCGAGCUCGUGGUUCUUAGCUGCUGUCGUACUGGGCGUGGGAAGGUGACGGGCGACGGAAUAUUGGGUCUCUCGCGUUCAAUCAUCAGUGCAGGAGCGGACAGUCUUAUAGUGACCCUGUGGGCCAUUCACGACGACUCUUCCCCGAUAUUAAUGGAGCGAUUCUACCGACAGUACAAGGAGAGUAGAGACGGUCCCUCUGCCCUCCGUGAAGCAACACUCCAUCUUAUCAAGACUGGAUACGGUCCAGGUCACUGGGGGGCAUUCUGUUUUCUUGGUGUCUCUCCAGCCAUCAAACCCGUAAACGCUACCCACUAAUGUUUAGUAUAUAUAUUAUGCAUACAUAAUUUGAUGGAAACAUUUUACUAAUCGUUAUGUCACUUCAGGUAUAAUAUUAUAUAAAGUCACAGAUGCACAAUCACACUAACUAAGCCAAACUAAUUUGUUUUAGCUACACACAUAGUUUUGUUGCAUUAUAUUACUC